GUCAAAUUAUCCAAUCUGCUUUUCUCACAUUUACCACCAAAAGUCCUACAUCCUACCUGUUUCACACUUAUCUCACGUAUCAAUAUCAACACAAACCCUCAACCCUUGGGCUUUGACAAAUCUCUUCAAAAAUGGCUUCCCGUCCGCGUCGCGCAGCUGCCCAGAGGGCAAACACGGCAAUCACUGACAUGGUUGAUAGUGACAACCACAUAAAUAGCCGUACAGGGAGAACCAUGUCCUCUAGGACUUCUCGCAGAUCCGAGGGUAAGAGUGCCGUGACAUCAGUCUCGCGCGGCCCUCCCUCUUCGCCCCCAGAAUCUAACCAGCAUAUCCAUUUUACAGUUAAGCUUCCGGCAAGCAAGCUUCGUCAAGCAACUUCUAGCCGCGCCAGCCAGUCUAGUCGUCAGCAAGCUUCCAACUCCAGCAUAGUUGAAGGAAAGCGGAACCGCUCUCAGAAGAAAAGCUAUGUCGUAGACUCUAGUGACGAAGAAGACGAAGACGCCGAGGACGAGGUUCAAGUAGAAGAGGAGGAGGAUGACGAUGACGAUGACGACGAUGAUGCCGAGGGAGAAGAUGACGAUAUGGCCGACAUGGGAGAGGAAGAUGCAGAAGGCGAAAUUGUAGUCGACGACACCAUGGACAUUGACGCCGAAGGAGACGAUGAUGAUCUCGGCGAGGAAGAUGCUGAAGGCGAAGACGACGACAUGGAUGUGGACGCGAUCCCUCCUCCAGCGCCCGUAAUUAAAGUCUCAAAGCCUACGACUAAGAGUACUACUAGCAAGUCAAAAGCCCCUGCUAAAUCCAGCGGGAAGGCUGCGGUCCCCCAGGCACGCGACAGUGAUGAUGAUGAGGAAUUGAGUGAACUAGAAAGCGAGGCCGACGAGAUCCAGGAUACCGUCAAAGUUGGAGGUGGCGACGAAGAAGAUGCCGAGGGCGAGGAUGAGGAGAUUGAAGCAGCAAACCCCGCCGAAGAAGAAGACGACGAUGUUGGUAGUGAUGUCGGCGAUGAAAGUCGUGCUGAAACUCCCGAUCUUACUCGUAUGACCAAACGACAACGUGCUCGUUUCGAGGAGAAUGGAGAUGCCUUGAUGAAGCUGUCUGAUGAGGUGCAAGCGAAGAAGCAUUUCACUGCUGAAGAGCUCUCUAUGCGCCGUGCUGAGAUGGCCCGUCGACGGCGCAACCUAAGCGAGAAGCGCAAUGAAGAAGUUAAGAUGGAGACUAUAAAUAAGCUUCUCAAGAAGCAAGCUCCCAAAACUAACCGCAAGUCUAUGCUUGCCGGUGACCAGACUCCCGAUGUGGACGCUAAUAAGCCAAAUCCCGCGUUUGUUAGAUGGAUCAGCAACAAGGACGGUAGCCGAGUAGGUGUCCCUGACGAAAUGCUUUCCGGACCGUCUGGCCAGGCAUUUGUUCGAGGUGGUCUUGGAAGUGGAAAGAUGGUGGAAGAAGUGUCGUAGACCGACGAACAUCACGACGGUUGCCAAGAUGGCCAUCAAGACCUGAUAGGUGGAGACAAGGAUGGGCACCAACAUAAGCCAUCCAGCACGGAUUCCUCGAUGAGAC